GACGGGAGUUACCUAAGACAAUCUAGUACACCACGCCAAAAUGUGGGAUGUAAGCGAGAAACCUGAAACAAGAAAGAAUGACCAGGGGAUCCAAGAUCAGAGAGCUGAAAAUAGAUUAGGCACGAAUAGAAACCAGACUAAAAGUGGGUUGAUCAACAACAAGGACUACAUCAGGCCAAAUGAUGAUUGGUCUAAGAAUUUAUGUACGGAAAUGGACAAAAGGGCAUUUGAGGGCGACGGCGAGGGCAAAGAAGAGAUGCUGCUUGGUCAAGUAGAGGGCAAAGAUAAAGGGCGAAUUAAUAUCAAACUGGGACUCAAAUGCAUCAUUUCCUUGCCGAUUAUCGGAAAACUACCAGGUACGAUAGGCAAAUCAAGUUCUUAUGCACCAUCUAAUACUGAGUAAUUGAGGACUAGAGAGGAACGAUGAAGUAAAAAUUAUA